AUGGAGGAGUCCUCUGUACUAUUCUGGAAGGGCUGUAGCCCCUGGAAGGGGCUUCUGCUCACAUCCUCCCUAUUAACCUUCUGGCACCUGUCUACCACUGCGGAUGUGGCCAUUGAAUCACUGCCACCCCAAGUUGCUGAAGGAGAAAAUGUCCUUUUCCUUGUCCGUGGUCUGCCAAAGAAUCAUAUAGCCUUUGCCUGGUUCAAAGGGCUAACAAAUACGACACAUGGAAUUGCAUGGUAUACACUGGACAACAAUUUACAUGGGCCAGGGCCUGUGAACAGUGGUAGAGAGACAGUGUAUCGCAAUGGAUCCCUGUUGCUUCAAAAUAUCACCCAGAAGGACACAGGGACCUAUACCCUAAAAAUCUAUAAUAGACGUGGAAAAAUCAUAUCAACAACAUCCAUUUACCUCCAUGAUUAUGGUCAAGUCCUGACUUGUGGUCGGCUUGCUACCUCUGCCCAGUUGAGCAUUGAAUCAGUGCCACCCAUCGUUGCUGAAGGGAAAAGUGUUCUCCUCCUUGUCCACAAUCCCCCGGAGAAUAUUGUGGGCUUUGUCUGGUUCAAAGGAAUGACUAUGCUCAAGAACCUUAUGGUUGCCCGAUACAUAUUAGGCAGGAAAUCAACUGUAUGGGGGCCUGCAUAUGGUGGCAGAGAGACCUUGUACAGUGAUGGAUCCCUAUUGCUACAUGAUGUCACUCCAAAAGACCAUGGAUUGUACACCCUACUAAUUCUGAGAUCAGAUAUGAGAAGUGAAGAUGCACAAGUGCAACUCCAGGUGGACACUUCUCUUUCUCUGUCCUGUAACCCUCUCACUUCCUCCCAAUUAAUGAUCCAAUUGGAGCCACGCUAUGCUGCUGAAGGGGAAGAUGUAAUUUUCCAAGUUCAUAAUCCUCCAGAAGAUAUGCAAGCCUUUUCUUGGCAAAAAUCAAAGUAUAGGACUGAGUUUCUUAAAAUUGUAGAAUACAGUAGAGCCAUGAAUUUCCUUUCCUGGGGGCCUGCACACAGAGGAAGAGGGAUGCUGUACAAUAAUGGAUCCAUGAUGCUCCGGAAUGUCACUGAGAAGGAUGCAGGAACAUACACACUAUCAGUUAUAAACAAAGAUGCCAAAAUUGAAAAAGCAUAUGUGGAACUUGAUGUAAAAAAGUAUGUGUCACAGCCCUUUGUACAAAUCUCUGAUACCACAGUCACAGGACGUAGAUCUGUGAUCUUCACCUGCAUUUCACCUGAUUCUAAUGUCUCUAUCCGUUGGAUCUUCAAUAACAAGAAUCUGAAGCUCACAGAGAGGAUGACUUUGUCCCCUACCAAGUGUGGACUCAGAAUAUAUCCUGCUGGGUUUGAGAAUGCUGGAGAGUAUAAAUCUUUCAUUUGGAAUUCUGGGCACCAUGCUACCUCUGCCCAGUUUAGGAUUGAAUCAGUGCCACCCAUUGUUACAGAAGGGAAAAGUGUUCUUCUCCUCGUUCACAAUCCCCCGGAGAAUAUUGUAGCUUUUGUCUGGUUCAAAAGAAUGACUGUGUUCAAGAAAUGUGUAGUUGCCCGAUAUGUACUAGGCAGGAAAUCAACUGUGUGGGGGCCUGCAUACAGUGGCAGAGAGACCUUGUACAGUGACGGAUCCCUGCUGCUCCGUGGUGUCACUCUGAAAGACCGUGGAUUGUAUACCCUAGAAAUUCUGAGGAGAGACAUGAGAUGUGAAGAUGUACAAGUGCAACUCCAGGUGCACACUUCAUUUUCUCUGUUCUGUAACCCUCUCACUUCCUCUCAACUCAUGAUCCAACUAGAGCCUCAGUAUGCUGCUGAAGGGGAAGACGUACUUUUCCAAGUUCAAAAUCUUUCAGAAGAUAUCCAAGCUUUUUCCUGGUACAAAUCAAAGUAUGGGACUGAGGUUCUUAAAAUUGUACAAUAUAAUAGAGCCAUGAAUUCCAUCUCCUGGGGGACUGCACAUAGAACAAGAGGGAUGGUGUACAAUAAUGGAUCCAUGAUGCUCCGGGAUGUCACUGAGAAGGAUGCAGGAAUGUACACAAUAGAAGUUUCAAAGAAAGAUUCCAAAAUUGAAAAAGCAUAUGUGGAAUUUUAUGUAAAGCAGUAUGUGUCACAGCCCUUUGUGCAAAUCAAUGAUACUACAGCAGAAGGACAUAGAUCUGUGAUCUUCACCUGCAUUUCACCUGAUCCUGAUGUUUCUAUUCGUUGGAUCUUCAAUAACCAGAUUCUGAAGCAAACAGAGAGGAUUACUCUGUCCCCAACAAAGCAUGCACUCAGAAUAUAUCCUGUCAGAAAUGAGGAUGCUGGAGAGUAUAAGUGUGAGGUCUCUAACCAAUUCAGUUUGAAGACCAGUCUCCCAGUUUCCUGGCCACGAUGA